AUGCACAUGACCAUGAAAAUUAUGGGCAGCAAUCAAAACAUGAGGAAUCAUUCAACGUUAGAUUGCUUACGAGCUGCAUUGGACGCAGUACACAACGAGGGACCUGAUCACGAGGGGUGGAAAGAGGUCUACCUCUUUCUUCGUACCGCAGAGAUGUGUUGUGAGCUGCAGAGGGAUUCAACCGAUGCCUUUCCCAAGGGGAAGAAAUUAUGGAUUAAUUUAGAUGGAUGUGAGGAGAAGCGACGUCCUGUGUUAACGCAGAUGCCGAAUGGGAUGCUUGUAUUACCAGUUUUGUCAAUGGAAGAUUACCUUGAUUACUACUUUUGUUGGGUGGACGCGUUUGAGUUCUGUUGGUUUCCCAUUCCCAGGAUGGGAACUUGUUUUGAGGGGUUCUGUCAAUUGCCCUUUCCAGUGACAGCUGUUGGGAGUAUGCAACACUUUAGUGCCCUUGCCACCGUGGCGUUUCGAGCGUCCCAGUUUGGUAUUCUAGUGAAUCCUGGACAGCAUACCAGCAAACUCGUCACGUAUCCAGAAAUGGUGGAGCUUGCCAAGCAGCGAAGUAUGCGACCCAAGGAACGAAACACAGAUCUGAAGAGUACAAUUAAUGGAGUGAAGGAAGAUAUAUUUGUUCGAAACUUUCUUUGUGGAUUUGACACCAGAAAACUUCUUAUGAAACGCAUCGAACCUCCUCAAUUAGUGGAGUUGCUUCGUCAUCGGCCCAAGAUACCACCAGUGGCACGGUUAGAGUUGCAUCUUCUCCUCUUUGAGUAUGAAUCGAUAGUCAAAGUUUUUGUCCGCACUGUGGAUUGCCCACGUUGA